ACGAGUUCGCUGGGAGCCCGGAUUUCCGGCUGGCCGAGCAGGAGAGCGUCGAUUUCGGCGGCGGCUCCACCUGCCAGGAGGAGGCGGACAAGGGUGCGGCCUGGCAGAGAGUCGGCACGCGCGCUCGACCCGUACACCCGUUUGUUUGUCCAGCUGGUCAAGAGCAUGGCCCUCAAGGUCGGCGACAAUCCGCGGAGCGCCUCCUGCUGGUGCGUGGCAAUGUAGCAUGCGGUUUCGAGUUGUGCACAUGCCCGCAGGGCAAGGCCGUGUAACGGAAGUGGCUCAGCCAUGAGUGUGGCGAGCUGGCUUUGCCGUUGAACUCGUUGACUGUGCGCCUGCUAUCCGGCUGAACCUGACCCAUCUUUCGGGGCGAAAACGUUUGGGCGGCCAAUUUUGAGGAUUAGAGUGACCAGACGAGGGACAAAAGGUGUGUAAGCCGAUGAUAGAGGGAACAGCCGCACCAAGGGCACGGAACCGUGGGGUACGACGCACACUUGACGCUCUCACCAUUGAGGCACUUGUGUAACACCCACGUCCUGUACCCUCCCCCCUCCUGUUCUUAACAUGCCGAUCAAUCUCCCUGUUCUCGAUGUGGCACGCACGAGCUCCCGUGCAUCGACGGCACGAGCUGCUAUCAAUUGCAACUCACUUUCGGUCACGUCGGCUUCGAUUGGCCCGUUCACGGCCAUGCUGGUCGCCCGCGUCGGUCUUCACUCGGACAUUGUCACCAUCGCCGACGAAUACCUUGCCCGCCUCGAUGCCCAGUUGCGCAAGAGCCAGCAAAUGAGCAACCUGGCCCUUCUGGGGACCGGCCAUCGGCUGGUCGUCGUGUCGCUCCUCCUCGCCGCAAAGUACUCGCUCGACGUACCGCCCAACAACGCGUAUUGGGCCGCACUGACAGGAAUCACGCUCAAGGAGCUUGGCGCCCUCGAGCUGGAGGUCCUCCAGCGCCUCAACUAUAAUCUCUACGUCGAUCUGAGUGCCAUCACCACCCGAUCCCUGCCCUUGGUCUUCCACCCGAACCCGAUCCCCAUCUCGCCCGCCCCGCCUGCCCUCUCGCCGGUCUUCUCGCUCUCGCUCGGCUCGCCCGAGCCCGAUCUCGACCCAGCGCUUCUCAUCGAUGCGCGCUCACGACUGCCGUCCGCAGUCGUGCCGCUCUCGCGCAAGCGCCGUGCACAUUUGCCCUCGAACUCGCUGCCGUGGUUCCCCGACGCUCCCGCGAGCUCAUCGCCUCGACCGAUGAAGCGACAAAGGCCGCUCUCGCGCACAUAGCGCACGUUUGCUGUGAUCGAGAUCGCACUGUUCCAUUGCUACAUCUCCUAGCAUCGCUCGCACGACUCUCGCACAACAGAGUCGCGAUACCACUCUGGCCGCAACCACAACUCUCUUCCUGUGCUUGCCUCUCCUUCCUGAUGAAUACAUCAUCCCUAAUCUUGA